UACUCUCACAGUCUGUGAAUACCAUACGUGUUGGCUGUUGCUCCGCUCAGCUCUCUUCUCUCUCUCUCGUAACAACCUCUAAAAACAGACGUUUUCGAGUCUUGCAGAGGAAGCUCUUUUUCUUCUUAGAGAAGUAGGGUUUUAAGGUUUCUGAGACUCUGUUCAGCUCGAGCAAGAGGUUUUCAAAAAUGGGUGCUUCAGGGAAAUGGCUGAAAGCUUUUAUGGGUCUGAAAAAGCCCGAGAAAGACGACCAUGAGAAGGUUGGCAGUAAGAGCCGGAAGUGGAAGCUCUGGAGGAGUUCUUCUGGUGACAUUGGAUCUUCGUGGAAGAGUUUCAGAGGGGGGUCAAAAGCGGCAUCUGAGGCGUCUGAUUCUUCCUCUGCAGCCGAUGUCUUUAGCGCUGCAGUUGCCACUGUUGUUAGAGCUCCGCCUAAAGAUUUCAGGGUUGUGAGGCAGGAAUGGGCUGCCAUACGGAUCCAGACGGCGUUUCGUGGCUUUCUAGCAAGAAGGGCAUUAAGAGCUUUGAAAGGUAUAGUGAGACUUCAGGCCCUUGUCCGUGGGCGGCAGGUGAGGAAGCAGGCUGCUGUGACACUAAGGUGUAUGCAAGCACUUGUUCGCGUUCAGGCCCGAGUCAGGGCUCGUCGUGUGCGCAUGUCCAUCGAGGGGCAGGCUGUACAGAGGCUACUGAAUGAACGUCGUAGCAAGGCGGAUUUGUUGAAGCAGGCUGAGGAAGGAUGGUGUGAUAGUCAGGGAGCGGUAGAAGAAGUAAGAGCAAAGCUACAAAUGCGCCAAGAAGGAGCAUUGAAAAGGGAGAGGGCAAUUGCUUAUUCCCUCUCUCAACAGCAAUGGAGAUGUGGCUCGAACUCAAACACAAGACCAAAUGGGUCUUUGACUUCUCUGAAACACCAUGAGGUAGACAAGAGUAGCUGGGGUUGGAGUUGGCUAGAAAGAUGGAUGGCCACCAAGCCAUGGGAGAAUAGGUUAAUGGAGAAAAGCCAUGUUGAUUCCUCGGAGAUGACUUCAUCUUCUAAAAACUGUAAAGACAAUAAUAUAGCCAGAAUACGGCCAAAAUCUUCAGAACCAGGGUCGGUGAAAGUCAGGAAGAACAAUGUGACGACCAGGAUUUCUGCCAAACCUCCUCUAAUUGGGCAUGGCACACGUUCCUCUUCGGUCCCAAGUUCUGAGUAUAUGUAUGAUGAGAGCUCGGCAUCCUCUUCUUCAAUCUGCACCUCUACUACUCCAGUUUCUGGUAACACUCCUUCGGCAACGGAGAGGACAGAGGGGAGUAAUAACAGUAGGCCCAAUUAUAUGAACCUGACAGAGUCAACUAAGGCUAAACAGAGGACAUUCAACCAUUCAUAUAGAAUUCAAAGGCAAUCAAUGGAUGAUUUUCAGUUUCAUAAGAAGUCGGCUGCAUUUUCCCAAGGGGAUACAAGUAGUGCUGGUUCUGAUCCUUCUUCAGUUAAUUUAUCCAAGUCCAUAUACUUCCCAACACAGUUGGAAAAAUCACUGAGGGUGAGGGAAGAGAACUGUUAUUAAAAAAAAAGGUUGUUUUACAAUUUAUUCUCUUAUUUUUGGAGUUCAACAUCUUGUUGUCCUGUAAAGCUGACUGAAUCUACUAAAAGUCACAAGGAGGAAUGUGCUGAAGAACCAAUUCAAGACUUCGARAUGUGGCUGAAUUUUCUUCUUUCAUUUGUAAUAUAUAAUGAUUUAAGCAAAAAUUUGUUGUAGAAUUAAACUAUGUGCUAUUUAUUUGCCUUGAUUUGGUUGAUAA